UCCCACUAAGGGGUGUAUAUCAGAGAAUGGGAUCGGGCGAGUAGGGAAGCGGACGCUGCCGGGAGCCCUCCACCCCCGCGGUGGACGCGCGAGUCGCGUGCCAGCUCGCCCUGCCUCCAAAGACUACGCUGUGCGACGCGCGGGAGAGGGACCAGCUCCCCUCCUCUCCGCGCCCCGUUUGCCCCAAGCCCGACCGAGCUCUGCCUCUCGCAUCUUUUCCCGGCACCAAACAACGCGUUAAUCCAGCUCUUCGUCCGAGUGCUUCGCGCUUCCGGAAGAAGGCAGCGCUCAAGUCUACGCGGAGUUUUGUCGCGGGAAGCCCAAUACAGAAAGCAGUCACCACUUAGAGGAGACAGCGUAAGGAAUUCAUCUUUUCACUGGUGGCAUUUAAAUAUUGGUGAAAUUCAAAAAUUGUAACUGCAGUUCUGAUUCACGGAUCUUCAACGAAAGCAGAGAUAGGAUUUACAAAAGGUGCAGUUUUGGGCAGAUUUGAAGACUGGGAUUUUGAGAACUUGUAAAACAGGAGACGUGUUUGAGAUGUGGUGGUUUCAGCAAGGCCUCAGUUUCCUUCCUUCAGCCCUUGUAAUUUGGACGGCUGCUGCUUUCAUAUUUUCAUAUAUCACUGCUAUAACACUUCACCAUGUUGACCCUGUUUUGCCUUAUAUCAGUGACACUGGUACAGUAGCUCCAGAAAAAUGCUUGUUUGGGGCAAUGUUAAAUAUUGCUGCAGUUUUAUGCAUUGCGACCAUUUAUGUUCGUUAUAAGCAAGUUCAUGCUCUGAAUCCUGAAGAGAGUCGUAUCAUCAAAUUAAACAAGGCUGGCCUUGUACUUGGAUUACUGAGUUGUUUAGGACUUUCUAUUGUGGCAAACUUCCAGAAAACCACCUUUUUUGCUGUACAUGUAUGUGGAGCUGUGCUCACCUUUGGCAUGGGCUCAUUAUACAUGUUUGUUCAGACUAUCCUUUCCUACCAAAUGCAGCCCAAAAUUCACGGCAAACAAGUCUUCUGGAUCAGACUACUGUUGGUUAUCUGGUGUGGAGUAAGUGCAUUUAGCAUGCUGACUUGUUCAUCACUUUUGUACAGUGGCAGUUUUGGUGCUGAUAUAGUACAGAAACUCCAUUGGAAUCCUGAGGACAAAGGUUAUGUGCUUCACAUGAUCACUACUGCAGCAGAAUGGUCUAUGUCACUUUCCUUCUUCGGUUUUUUCCUGACUUAUAUUCGUGAUUUUCAGAAAAUUUCUUUACGGGUAGAAGCCACUUUACAUGGAUUAACCCUCUAUGACACUGCUCCUUGCCCUAUUAACAAUGAACGAACACGGCUACUUUCCAGAGAUGUAUGAUGAAAGGACAAAAUAUACCUAUGGUGAUUAUGAUUCUCAGGGAUUGGGGAAAUAUUCAUGAAAGUUACUUAUUCUGCUCUGAAAUUUUCAACCAGUUAAUCAAGGCUGACAGUGAUAUCAAAGAAUCCUGAUAAUCAAGAGACAUGAAUUAAGCCAUUUGGUGUUGUUUUAAAGGAUAUCUUCAAGAGGACCGUGAAAAAACAUUUAUGCCUAUACUUUUUUAUCCCAGAAAAUAAAACCAAAGGACUACAAAAUUGUAGAUUUUUUUCUACUUUUUUAAGAGAAACAACCAGAAGUGCACCAAGCAGUCUGCAAAAUCCAGCUUCUCACAUUUUAAAAAACAUUACAAAUCAUAUUUUGUUUGGAGCACUUAUGUGAGAUAUGUUUCAGGACCCCAAAUAAUCAGCAGUGCUCAACAGCUCCUUUAAAAUUGGGUUUUGAAGUAAUAGUUUUACCAUGUUAAUACAUUUCUUAUAGUCUUUAUAAAAUUUAUUUCGUCUGGAAUCCAACUUUAAAGGGAAGCAGACCUGAAUUCAUGUGAGCACUUUUAUUGCUUAAGCUUUGCACAAGAGAUUCUGUAGAUAUUGAUUUGAUUCCUGCCACAAGGCCAGAUAGUGUGCUAACUGGUGUAUACACAUGCUUGUGAUAGUUUCAUGAAGCUUAGUCUCUGAUAUGAGAUUUUAAUUACUAAUGAAUGAGAAAAGUAGCUAUAGUAAAUUUAUUCCAGUUGUGUUUUGCAUAAGACAAUGGUUAGUGUUCCUACACAAGUCUGAGAAGUUUGUGAAUAACAGUAAGUAUAAUUAAAAUAAAAGUCACCUCAAACUGCA